UGAGCACGGCGGGCAACUGGAUCAGUGCGCAAGCUUCUCUUUAGAAAAGUGCCUGGAAUGUGUUCUUUGGCACUGUUCCCCCCUCCACUCCCUAGUGGACAGACCACCCUGUAUGAAUCCAACAAUGAGCUUGUCGCGGGAACGACAAGUGACAGCCUUCAAAAACAGGAGUCUGGUCCUUUGAGUCUUUACUUCCCACGGGAGUCAUUAAAGCCCCACAGUCGACCAGAGAGUAGCAGCAAGGCAGCCUUUCUGGACCACUGUGAAACACUGUGGAUGAGAAGUGCAUCAGCAUGGCGUGAUGCUGGGGUCUCUGGUGUCUUGGAUGAAAUUGUCAAUUCUAGUGCUGAUGAGGUUCCCAAAUGGCUGACGAUGAGCUCUGGCUGUGUCCUGGCUUUGCUCCGCUGGGUCUCUUCAUUCCAUGGCUCUCUCUUUCCCCACCUCACGUUGAGCAGUGAAGAUAUGAUCGCUGAGUUUUCCCAAGUGCUCGACUGGUGUGACUGUGCGGUCCGAGGCUUUGCCUGGCACCCGCACACAGACAAGUUUGCUGUGGCUCUCUUGGACGACUCCAUCAAGAUCUACAACCCUAAAAGUGCCACAGCUCCCACCCUGAAGCACCGUCUACAGCGCAGUGUGGCUGCAGUGCAGUGGAAGCCUCUGUGUGCUUCUGCCCUAGCUGUCGCCUGCCACAACUGCCUACUGGUCUGGCAUGUGGACCCCAGCUCGCUAUCCACCAGACCGUCCUCCGGCUGUGCUCAGGUCUUGUCUCAUCCGGGACACUCGCCAGUGACCUCCAUCGCAUGGUCACCGAGUGGAUCUCUCCUGGUGUCGGCCUCCCCCGUGGACACAGCCUUGAUGGUGUGGGAUGUGGCAGCAGAGAGCUGUGUGCCUCUUCAGCGUGUUGGAGGGGGAGGGGUGACCUUCCUGUCCUGGUCUCCUGACGGAAGCCGUGUGCUGGCCUCUACCCCCUCUGCCCUCUUCAGGGUGUGGGAGACCAGGAUGUGGACCUGUGAGCGAUGGCCGUGUCUGAAGGGACGCUGUCAGUCGGGAUGCUGGAGCCCCGAUGGGAGUCGAUUGCUCUUCACUGUGCAAGGAGAGACUGUUAUCUACGCCCUGACCUUCACUGACACACCAGGGGCACCGUUGAGGAUGUCAGGAGGGCCAAAGGCAGCAGCCGUGGUGGCGGACCUGUCUGAGACCAGCUUCAGCACACCAGAUGGAGAUGUGGUGGUAGGUGGAGAGGUCCAGUCCCUAGCGUGGGAUCCCAGUGGAGAGAGACUAGCCGUGCUUCUCAAAGGUUGUCCCCAAGCAGGAGACCGCCCUGCCAUGAUAGCUGUUUUCAAGACCCGAACCAACCUCAUCUUUGAGCUGCUGCCAUGUGGUUUUGUCCAGGGAGAGGAGGGGGCAGAGCCCAGGCUGAUGCAGUUCCACCCCAACUUCCAGCAUGGGGCCCUGCUCACUGUGUGCUGGUCGAAUGGUCGGAUCACCCACGUUCCUUUCUACUUCAUGAGUGCUGGAGCCCCCCAGCUUGGCCUUGGAGGCAGCCCCCCCCUCCCACAGCCCCAGUCCAGACCUGCAGACUACGCCAACCAGACUAUCUACACUGAGCUCAUCUCCUGACCACAUACACUCUUUUUCAUAAUGUUUCAGAAAAAUACAUUUGUAUAAAGAAUUUAUUAAACUUUUUCUGAUUGAAAAUAUUGUCCUGAAUGAAUUUUAGACCAGAUGAAUAUACCUAAUGAACAAGUAGGAGAGAACACUAUUCAUCACAGUUUCAUGUACAAAUGACUAAUCCAUUACAAUCAGCAUAUCAUUUUGUUUUCUUUAUUUAUGCCUAUUAGGUGAAACAAACAGAAUCCAACCAUGCUUGACUCUGCCCUGAAACAGGAGAAUGAAUACAGUACUUUCGUUCUUGUGUUUUGAGAUUCUCUUGUAAAACCCUCCCAGUCUCACAUGCAUGCACACUGUCAGACACCAUGCACUAACUCACACCUGGGAGAUUAGGUGACCAAGAGAAAACACAACUACAAAACAUUUGUACACAAUGGGCUCAGUAAAAAAGUUGUAUUCCAACAUAUACGUAUUUAUUCAGAAGAAACAAUUAAAAAUCAACUUCAUUGUUACUUGGUUUUUCCUUUUAUUUCCAAUUUACAUCAAUUAAAAGUGUAACAAAAUAGACAAAAACAAAACAAACAAAAAUGAUCAUGAUCAUAAUAAAAUUAAUAACAAAAAAAAAUAUACACACCCUCACACACACAAAGACAACCCACCCUAGCUGUUUUGAGCGGCUCUCCUUGGAGUCUAAUGGUUUGACUUUGGGGCUGGACUCCAGAGGAGGCGACCCAGAAGCCCCUGUCCCCUCUGUGGCCCGACUGCACCUUGUAUCCAGGGUGGGGUGUGUGUGUGUUGUGUGAGGCUAGUGGGAAUUGGGGGGGGAGUUAGGGAUCAAUGGCAGAGACUGAAUUCUAAAACUCAUAGCACCUUCUGAAGACAUAGCAACCCACAGCAAAGAUGGCUGUUCAGCCCCAGAUCCACACAAAAGCAAAAAUUUAGGUCAGCUCAGAUUUUAGGUCAACAUUUUCACUUUGUUUUUAAGCGUGAGGUAGCUUUAAACAAUCAGGAUGACUACAACAAACAAAACCGUUUUUUUUUCUCCCAAAUUUAUUUCGAAAACUUUGGAUGCUCAUUAACUGGGUCAAAACACUUUUCACUAAUGGGCAUUCAAGGGUAAAGAACAAUGAAAAAUACAUCCCAAAUUAAACCUCACUUUCCAAAAAGUGUUGGUGUGCAUAUAGACACAUGUACACACAUUAUGUGGAAAUAUAUAAAACCAUCUGGUUGUUUAUAAACACAGACUUUUACAACAAUAGAACCAAGGAUUUAUCAUACACAGUAAAAGAUUUGCUCCUG